AUGAAUUUGAGACUAGAAUUGACCCGAUUGUUAUCGUUGGCAUAUGUGCUUUCGAGUUCAUUUAUGUUUUGGAUGGGUUUAUCAUUGUUUACUGAUUGCCAUUCACCCAUUGUGGUUGUUCUUUCAGGAUCUAUGGAGCCAGCUUUCCAGAGAGGUGAUAUACUGUUCCUAUGGAAUAAGAAUAAGGUGAAUAAUGUGGGAGAUGUUGUGGUGUAUGAGGUUUCUGGUAAGUCUAUUCCAAUUGUCCACCGUGUGAUAAAACAACACCAAGAUGAAUCUAGUGGAGAACAGCUGUUAUUGACUAAGGGUGACAAUAACCAUGGGGAUGAUGUUCCUUUGUACACGCGUGGGAAGUACUAUCUAAAUAAGAAGAAGGAUGUUGUUGGCACUGUAAAGGGCUAUUUACCUCAACUAGGCUACGUGACGAUAUGGAUUUCGGAGAACAAAAUUGCCAAGUUCGCGCUUCUAGGUGUGCUAAUGCUUUCAUCGUUGAUUAGUAACGAGAGCUAG